GCCAACGAGAUGGAAAAAUUCUGCAGCCAUAAGCGCAACAACGGAGGUCGCGUAGCCGUCAGUCUUCAGUUUUCGCUAGGUAUCUGCACGAUAGUGAUCUGUCGCGAAUCAUUUUCUGGUCUAAUAUCGUAGUAGAAAUCAAUCCACGAAGAAAGGGUGAAACGAUGACUGUCACCGAGCUGACCACUCAGCAAGAAUUCGAUGACUUCGUCAAGUCCAAGGAACUUUGUGUCGUUCACUUUUACGCGCCAUGGGCGCAGCAAUGUUCCCAAGUGAACGAUAUACUCGACGAAAUGACUAAGCUGGAGCAAUACAAGAAUGUCAAGUUUGCUAAAGUCGAAGCGGAAAACGUGCCCGAGGUGUCUCUAAAGUCUGGAGUAUCUGUUGUACCUACCAUCCUUUUACUGAAGAACAAUGAUAUUGUAGAUAGAGUGGAUGGUGCCAACGCUCCUGCAUUGACAGAGAAAAUCAAACGUCACCUGAAUAACAGUGAUACUCCGUUGCUGGAUGUAAUCAAAACAAAGGAACCCCUUGAGGAAAGACUUAAGAAGUUGAUAAAUCAAGCGCCUUGCAUGCUCUUCAUGAAAGGAAAUCCCGCUAAUCCACGAUGUGGUUUCUCCAGAACAAUUGUUUCCAUCCUAGACAAUUACAAAACAGAUUAUAAAUCGUUUGAUAUAUUACAAGACAACGAUGUUAGGGAAGGACUUAAAAAAUUUAGUAACUGGCCAACGUAUCCGCAAUUGUAUCUAAAUGGAGAACUAAUCGGUGGAUUGGAUAUAGUGAAAGAGAUGGAUGAGUCGGGCGAACUUGAAAGUAUGCUACCAAAAAAGGACAGUGUGGAAACAAAGUGAAUUGAUAAAUAUAACUGUAAAAAUAGAAAAGAGGAAACAUUUAAAUUAUCUCUAACUUAGUCUGUGUUAAUUAUGGGAUACACAUCUUACAUAGAAGCAAAAGCUAUUUUCUGUGGGGAUAUAUCAUUUGUGAAAUGUGUUAUUAAAUAUAUUAUGUAUUUAUAAU